UAUGUCCAAUUUCAAAACCAUGACAUGUACUAUUGUUUCUUUGUUGUUCUUGUUUUGUUUAAGUAUAACAAUACCUUGUUGCUUAGGUUACAAUGUGGUUAGUUUUGGUGCAAGGGGAGAUGGUAGGACAGAUUCAACCUCGGCUUUUCUCCGCGCUUGGUCUGCUGCCUGUCGUUCUACUAGCCAACCUAACGUGUAUAUUCCACGAGGAACGUUUUUGGUGAGGACGUUGAACUUAAAUGGUCCUUGUAAGAGACGAAUUGAGUUCCGAAUUGAUGGUACUCUCGUUGCUCCGGUAAAUUAUAAUGCAAUUGGACAUUCUGAGUUUUGGAUUAUGUUUUAUAAGGUAAGUGGUCUUAAUGUGUAUGGUGGAACUAUUAAUGCAAAGGGACAUGGUUAUUGGUCUUGUAGAAAUGGUGGAAAGUCUUGUCCACAAGGAGCUAGGUCGAUACAAUUUAUGUGGUGUAACAAUGUACUGUUGAAGGGUUUGACAUCACUAGACAGUCAAAGAGUACACAUAGGAAUUGGUUACAGCAGCAAUGUCAGAGUUGAAAAUGUUAAGAUAACAGCUCCGAGUGGAAGUCCAAAUACUGAUGGAAUUCAUGUUCAGAACUCAAGAGGGGUUACCAUUAAAGGUAGUAUUAUAAAAACAGGAGAUGACUGUAUUUCUAUUGGCCCUGGUUCCAUGAACAUGUGGAUUGAACAAAUUGGAUGUGGACCAGGACACGGUAUAAGCGUAGGGAGUUUGGGGAGCAGUAAUAAUGAACAAGGAGUAGUAAAUAUAACAGUAACAAAUUCUGUUUUUACAAAGACGCAAAAUGGUGUUAGAGUAAAGUCAUGGGCAAGACCAAGUGGUGGCUAUGCUAGAAAUCUCAUGUUCUCAAAUCUUAUUAUGAGAAAUGUUGGGUACCCUAUACUCAUCGACCAAAAUUAUUGUCCUAAUAAUAAUUGUCCGCGUCAGAAUUCAGGAGUAAAAGUGAGUCAAGUAACGUACAAGAAUGUGAAAGGGACAUCAUCAACACAAGAAGCUAUAAAAUUUGAUUGUAGUAAGUCAAAUCCAUGUACCGGAAUUCGAUUGCAAGAUAUAAAGCUUACUCACAACGAUCGUUUAAGACGAUCAGCGGUAUCGUAUUGUAGAAAUGCAAGGGGAAGACGUGGUGGAACAGUUAUUCCAAGGAGUUGUUUCUAAAACAUAAUAUAAAUUGAGAAAUGAACUUCUUGUAUAUAUACUUUUCUUGUUCAAGUUGAUUGUCUAUGAAAAAAAGAAAAGAAAUAAAAGUCUAAGCUAUGUCUAAUUGUUUUAUUUGUUAUUUGACUUUGUAAUCUUUUGGGUCCAAACUAAUAUAGACUCUUCCAUAUACACCUAUUUGAUUGA